AUGGAGGAGUCUGACCUGCUGAAGGAGAGGCUCCAGGCCAUCACUGAGAAGCACCGUAUUCAGGAAGACAUUAGACAGAAGAAGCUGGAACUGGACACAGAGAAACUCAGAUUUCAGCAUCUGAAGAAAAAAGCUCUGAGGGAGCGGUGGCUCCUACAGGACUCUGCUUCCCACAAUGCAACAGACUCACCACGGCAUCAGAGCCUUCUGUCUGACCAGCAGCAGACCAGAGCACUGCAGCUGAAUAUCUGCAGGAUCGAGAUGGAGGUGGAGGCUCUGGAGCAAGAGGAGUCUAUGAUUUCCACCAAUGAGAGCUUCAUACUCAGCAGACUGAAGGCUGUGGAGAGAAGUCCAGAGGAAAUCAUUAAGGAGGCCCAGGAAAACUUUGUUCCUGAACCAGUUCAGGUCACCACAGAGAUCCCCAAUGUCCCAGAAUCCCUUUCUCCGCUAGCCAAUAAUCACAUUGAGCUCAACACACCAAAAAAGACUGUGUUUGCCAUGGAGAUCAAUGUGACCAAGAACCUGCAGACCGGGGAGAGCACCGUCCUCUCUACUGCGACUGUUCCCCCCGAGGAGGUACAGCCACACGACGGGCUCAAGGUUUACGAGGACAGCAGGAAGUGUGUCUACGCUCUGAAACCACAACAGGGGUCACAUGACCAGACCUGUGUCUCUGAGCUGUCAGCACACGAGGUGGAACACCUCCUGAGAAGCGCCACAGUACAUCGCCAAGUAAACUACCAAAGCUACCACCAAAACUCCAGCAGAAGGGAGGGCCACUGUUUCUACAGCUACCCAGAUGACAGAGACAGAGUGGAGGGGUGUGAGCUCAGAAACCAGGGAGGACGUCAUGGUAACCAUGCCCUCAGUAACAGCACAGACUUCAGCUAUAGGGAAAACUGGCAGAGAAAACCACAGGAUGAUUAUCAUUAUGGUCACGAAGGAAACCAUUACAGUAGGCAGGAAGAGAGACACAACCAAAGCAACCUGAGGGAAGGUCAUCACUUUGGAAACAACAAGGGGUUGGGAUUUCACUAUGGCAACCGUCCCUACAGUUCUUACCAGGUGAGAAGCUGUCACAGUGUUCAGGAACAUCGGCCUGCUAUGCACCACAGCAACAGCUUCAUCAGAAGCAAUGGUAGGGUGAAUGGAGUCAGAGCCAAUGGCUGUCCUCCUCCCAGAUCACAUGACCAGGAAGCAGUGUCAGCCUACCAACCACAGCUCUGCUACACUCCAGCCAAUUAUAUUCCUCUUACUGAUUACAUCAGUGUUGAUGAAGAGGAUCUUUAUUGUUACCAACCCACUGCUCUGUACAGUGGCCCCACCCCCUCUGAGAGAGUGCCCUCCCCCAUCUAUGGGGACGACACCCCUUACACCAUCCUUAAUGCCAUGGAAACCACUGAGCCAAUCACAGCCAUCUUUAUGGGCUUCCAGACAGCACAGGAUGACAGUGGGCGGGUUCAGGAAUUUGAGGGCUCUUUGAAGGCCGAGCUGGUCAUCCUGGAAGACAGUGAAGAAAAUGAUGAGGAGAAGAAGAGCCACACCCAGCCGGGGGUCAACAGCUUUUCAAAAGAAAGUGCAGCCAAUGGAGGCUUGGGGCGUGUGGAGGCACAUGGAGACAGACGGACAGAGAGACAGAGUGAGGAGGCAGGAAACAUGGUUGCAGUCAUGUGGCAUGGACCUGUAGCUAUUCGGCCACCAGAGCGCUCCAACAGCUUGAACAGCUACAGUUCCACAGCAGCAGAGCAAACUUAA